AUGUUCACCCCACCACCACCUCCACGCCAACCCCCCAGCUCCCACAAAACUUCCGCGCCGCCGUCCUCCCCGCCCCCACAAAACUUCCGCGCCGUCGUCCUCCCCGCCCCCACUCGCCCCCUCAAAAUUCACACCCUCCCCCUCCCCACCCCCGGUCCCAACCAACUCCUCAUCUGCGCAGGCGACGCCGUCAUCGCCACCGGCCUCCUCCCACAAACUUCCUACCCGACCAUUUUAGGGCACGAAUACAUCAGUGACGUUUUCGCCAUCGGCCCUAUCACAGAGGGUCAAACAGCGGGACCUCAAUUCAAAAUAGGCGACCGCAUAGGCGGCCACUGCACCACUUGCCCACCUUGCCUACGAGGCCAACAGCAGACGUGCUCCUCACAGCAGAUCGCAGGCGUUAGUCAUAACGGUGCUCAUGCCGAGUAUACACUUUUGCGAACGCAAGCUGCGGUGUGA